AUGAAUGGAACAAUAGACGGACUGACAGCCCAUGAGAGGCAGCUUCUCCGUGAUGUCGAAGCUCAUAGGCAAGACUACGGCGACAUACUCCGUCAGUUUUUCAAAAUCAUCGCCCCCAUCGGAAUCCUGCUGAACUCUAUUUUUCUCUUCGUAGUAAUUCGAGUGAAAUCCAUGCGCACGAUCAUCAACGUCUAUCUGUCGAAUUUAGCAGUGGCUGACGCUACCUAUCUGAUCAUAAACAUGUCAGCAGCAUGGGCGAUAGAAUAUACACACAUAGCUUCAGGUGCUUACUUGACCUUAGUCAUAGCUUCUUCAACGAUGCAGAUUGCUUCGUACGGCUUCGUGACUGUCAUAGCGGUUGAAAGAUUCUCCGCCGUACGUCAACCGCUAACCCAGAGAGCGCGAGCGAGCAAGUCACGAGCAGGCAAGGUAUCAGCAGGCGUCUGGGUUGCGGCAGUUGUCACUGGCGUUUUGGCUGGACUCGCAAAUGAUACCAAUUAUGUCACUAACGUGGUUUUAAAUCAAGUAUGUGUGGUCAUCGUCAUCUUGAUUUUCCUGGCUACGUUUACCAUAACUAUUACCUCGUAUAUUUACAUCGUUAUUAAGUUAUGCCACAGUGACCGAGAGCGUCAAGCAGGCCAAACCCGUCGAGUUUAUCCCGUCGUCCGCAUGCUGGUCAUCAACACUGCUGUCUUCUUCGUCCUCAAUUUAAUGGACAUUGCUUUCAAUGUCAUCAACAUUUUAAUGUUGUUCUCCAUUUACAAGGGAGCAGAGGCUUUUAUCGAUAUCUACUGGACCUGCACCGACGUGAAGGUCUGCUUAGGAAUCGUUCGCCAUAUCAACAGCUCCAUCAAUACUCUGGUGUACAGCGCGACGAACAGUCAGUAUCGAGCGGCUUUCUUGGAGGCUUUCCCCCCGCUGGCAAAGCUCCUUCGACUGCGCCGCCGCUGCCGCCGACCGCAGCAGACAGAGCAGAUAGAACUUCGAAUGAUUCCACCAGCGAAGGCCGCUCAAGAAUCACUGGCCCAAGCGCACUGA